AUGGAGCCAGGGCUGUGGGGCAGCGGUUCCCCGCCGGUUCCCUCCCGCCGCCAUGGCGGUGCCCUCAGCCCGCACCCAAGAUGGCGGCGGGCGCGGCCCCGCCGCCUUUCCCGUGCCCGCGCGGCCCCGACCCCGGAAGUGCCGGCGGAGCCCGCCGGUCCCGCUCCCGGCCCGGCCCCGCUCCCGGCCCCGCCAUGGGGGUCCCGGCCCUUCUUCCGCUGGCUCAGCCGCAAGUACCCCUCCAUUCAUCGUCACUGCGUCGAGGAGAAGGCUAAGGAGUGCAAUGGAGUCAAGGUUCCCAUCGACACCAGCAAGCCCAACCCCAACGAGGUGGAGUUCGAUAACCUCUACCUGGACAUGAACGGCAUCAUCCACCCUUGCACGCAUCCAGAAGACAAGCCAGCACCCAAAAACGAAGAUGAAAUGAUGGUGGCGAUUUUCGAGUACAUCGACAGGAUCUUCAACAUCGUGAGGCCGAGGAGGCUCCUCUACAUGGCCAUAGAUGGAGUGGCCCCACGUGCCAAGAUGAACCAACAGCGGUCAAGGAGAUUCAGAGCGUCGAAGGAGGGCAUGGAGGCUGCUGAAGAGAAGCAGAAAAUAAGACAAGAAAUUCUGGCCAAAGGUGGCUUUCUCCCUCCAGAGGAAGUGAAGGAGAGAUUUGACAGCAACUGCAUUACCCCGGGGACGGAGUUCAUGGACAAUCUGGCGAAAUGCCUGCGCUAUUACAUCGCCGACCGCCUCAACAGCGACCCAGGCUGGAAGAACCUCACCGUUAUUUUGUCGGAUGCCAGUGCUCCUGGUGAAGGGGAACAUAAAAUCAUGGAUUACAUUAGGAGACAGAGAGCUCAACCAAAUCAUGACCCAAACACUCACCACUGUCUGUGUGGGGCUGAUGCUGAUCUGAUUAUGCUUGGCUUAGCUACACACGAACCAAACUUCACUAUAAUUAGGGAGGAGUUCAAACCAAAUAAACCCAAGCCGUGUGCUCUCUGUAACCAGAUGGGUCAUGAGGUUAAGGAUUGCCAAGGUUUGCCCAGAGAAAAACAAGGAAAGCACGACCAGUUUGCCGACACCCUUCCCGUGGCGGAGCAGGAGUUCAUCUUCAUCCGCCUGUGUGUCCUGAGGGAGUAUUUGGAGAGAGAACUCACUAUGGCCAGCCUGCCUUUCACGUUUGAUUUCGAAAGAAGUGUCGAUGACUGGGUCUUCAUGUGCUUCUUCGUGGGAAAUGACUUUCUGCCUCACCUGCCAUCUCUGGAGAUCAGGGAGGGAGCAAUCGAUCGCUUGGUGAACAUCUAUAAAAACGUGGUGCACAAAACCGGGGGGUACCUCACAGAGAGCGGGUUUGUCAACCUGCAGCGGGUCCAGAUGAUCAUGCUGGCGGUGGGAGAAGUCGAGGACAGUAUCUUCAAAAAGAGAAAAGACGACGAUGAUAACUUUAAAAGACGACAGAAAGAAAAAAGGAAAAGAUUGAAGAGGGAUCAGCCUGCUUUCAUUCCUGGUGGGCAGUUCUCCCCUCAAGCCCUGGGCAAUCGAUCCAGCCCUCAGGCAAUCUGUAACCCCAGGCAAGCCGCCUUUGAGAUGAGGAUGCACGAGAGGCACAACUCUACAACUUCAGCAUCUCCAAAUACCAGCCUGACUCCUGAUGGCAGCCCGGCCCUGGGAGGAGGAGGAAUUAAGCGGAAAGCUGAGGACAGUGACAGUGAACCUGAGCCAGAGGAUAAUAUCAGGUUGUGGGAAACUGGCUGGAAGCAGCGCUACUACAAGAACAAAUUCGACGUGGAUGCCUCCGACGAGAAAUUCCGGCGCAAGGUCGUGCAGUCCUACGUGGAAGGGCUUUGCUGGGUUCUCAGAUAUUACUAUCAGGGCUGUGCAUCCUGGAACUGGUAUUACCCUUUUCACUACGCUCCCUUUGCUUCUGACUUCGAGGGGAUUGCAGACAUGCCUUCAGAUUUUGAGAAAGGCUCCAAACCGUUUAAGCCCCUCGAACAACUGAUGGGAGUGUUUCCAGCUGCAAGUGGGAACUUCCUGCCGCCGACGUGGAGGAAGCUGAUGACAGACCCGGAAUCAAGCAUCAUUGACUUCUACCCUGAAGAUUUUGCUAUUGAUUUAAAUGGGAAGAAAUACGCUUGGCAAGGUGUCGCGUUACUGCCCUUUGUGGACGAGCGACGCCUCAGAGCUGCCCUGGAGGAGGUGUACCCUGACCUCACUCCUGAAGAGAGCAGAAGGAACAGCCUUGGUGGUGACGUUCUCUUUGUUGGGAAGCACCACCCGCUCUGUGACUUCAUCGUGGAGCAGUACAAGACCAAAAACACAGAGGCAGUGGACAUCCCCCCGGAGCUGUGCCACGGGAUCCAGGGGAAGCUGAGCCUGAACGACAACGCCGUCCUCCCGGACCAGGUGGUGGAGUCUCCUGUUCCGAUGCUGCGGGAUCUCACCCAAAACUCUGCAGUCAGCAUCUCCUUCAAAGAUCCACAGUUUGCUGAAGACUUUGUUUUCAAGGCUACGGUGUUACCUGGGGCAAAGAAACCUGCUCCGGUGCUGAAGCCAGGAGACUGGGAAAAAACCAACAAUGAUGGCAGGCCUUGGAGGCCACAGCUGGGCUUCAACCGAGACAGGAAACCAGUGCACUUGGACCAGUCAGCCUUCAGAACCUUGGGGCACACGAUGCUGAGGGACAGGGGGAUGCCAGGGAUGUAUCCCAACGCCGUGCCGAUCGGAGCCUACGGGAGCCCCUACGCCAGGCCCCUGCUGGGGGGGCAGCAGCAGAUCCCCAAGCUGUUGUCAAACCUUCGGCCGCAGGAGUCCUGGCGAGGCCCCACGCCCUUGUUCCAGCAGGCACCACAGAGAAGCGCUGGAGCUGCUCCUCUCCUUGCCUGGAACCGCAUGCUGCAGUCCCCCAACCAGUUCCAGCCGGCGCAGUACCAGGGGAUGGGACCCAUGGGAUACCCCCAGAGACCCGAGGACCGCAUGGACAGGGGCAGGCAGGCGUACGGCCCCGGGAGGCCCUACCCGCUCCCUCCUCCCGCAGGAAGGUACAGCUGGAAUUAGCUCCUGGCUUCUAUUUUUUUUUUUUUUUUUUUCUUGUUAAACGUAGGAA